CAUAACCUUUCUGACUUUUUAGAUAACUCUCCAAGUUUGAAAAGAUACAAGGACAAGAAAGCCAGUGAGCUAAUUAGCCCCGGUCGACUAAGGGAACAACGAAUGAUAGAGACAUCAUCAGACAAUUGUAUACCACCUCUCAUUCCUAUAGACGAACAUCAAGCCCAGUCAAAACAAAAAGGUAAUAUUUCACCCCUUAAAGCUAAUUUAAAAAGUGCUUUAACACCUGUUAGGCAAAGUCCUCGACUGCAUAGCGGACAGCAAAGACCUCUUCCAGAUCCAAAG